AUGUCACCGUCACCAACAAACCCAAACCCAAACCUGAACCCCUCAAUGCGUCCCGUGCCUAUAAUCCGCAGUAGGACGGGCUGUUUUACCUGUAGGAAGCGCAAAAAGAAGUGCGACGAGAGCGGUUGCAAACGCAAUAAGCUCGACUGUGUCUGGCCUGAACCACAGCCUGCCAAGGGUCCAUCACGGUCUUCAUUUGGUGCUGCAUCUACAAGCUCACAACAGAGUGUUGCUUCGCUGAGACAGGGUCACGAUGCGGACUCGGUGAAUGACCCGGUCAUACCGGACCCGGUGCCGGAGGAGGAGGACCGAGCUGCUGAGAAUCCCGAUGUACCCCAGAAUGGCGACAGUUCUCCGGUACAUGGGCAUGGGCAAGGGGACACCCACAUGGUCGAUGCUGAAGCUGAUGUGGAUAUCAUCGAUGCGGUUGAUGAUGUUGAUCAGCCAUCUCCUUCACAGUCAUCCAACUCAUCAGACUCACCGACUGUCAUCACGACAUGGGAUGCAGAUACCGCCAAUGCUCUCACUCUCGCUCUGCCGCCGUCCCCAGACACAGGACUCUCAUUCAAUGGAGCUAUUACUAUGCCAAUGUCGAUGCUACCUGAGCAGGGGCAUCAGUCAUAUGAGCUUCUCAGUUACUACCUGUCACGAACGGCCAAUAGCAUGGGCAACGGUUCCACAGACGUAAAUCCCUUCAUCGCCAAACUCAUACCACUGGCCUUCUCAAAACCUCUUGUGUUACAACUCAUCCUCGCUCAGAGUGCUGCCCAUCGUCAGGCAUCAGCAGAGCGACAUCCAAGCGAUGAGAUUGCGCAGAGGUAUUACACCGACUCGCUACGGAUGUUUAGGAAUGUCGUCGAUGAGUAUGUAUCUGGAAAUGCCGAGAACACCCUUGUCUUGACAGUCGGCAGUCUUAUUAUGUGUUUGACUGAGGUUGCCAAAGGAGACAUUCACGGCACAAUAUUUGACCAUUUAACGGCGUCCAAGUCAUUAGUGAGCACAUUGCUCACCGGGACGCAGAACAUGGUAUACGAUGACCUACCUGACUUUCUAAUUGAGUACUACAUGCAUAUCGCAGCCACCAGUAUGAUCUCGAUUGAUCCCCAAUAUAACUCACAGUCAUUACUCAGCCCCGAUAUUGAAGUCCGGGCCAGAAACUUGGUCGCCAGGAAGUAUGUCGGCCAACUAUGUGGCUGCUGGCUCGAAAUCCUCAUCCUUAUAUCCCAGAUCUUUCACCUAGGACAAGUAAUGUCUUCACCGACUGCCGAUGGAGAGAUCUCACCAAGCCCCGACAACAUUGUCAAUUUCGCUUUCCUCCAGUCUCAAGUAAUGGGCUUCUUCCCAGAUCCUUCGGUCACACCAUAUACACGUCUUGCAGGGCUGGUAUGGAAACAAGCUGCGCUCCUAUAUCUCUGGACAGUCCUCGGGAAACCCCAUCAGCAACCUGAAGAUCUUGAGGACGCGGUUACAAACUAUGUUAGACACAAUUGGUCUGGGGAAUAUGAGACAAACACUGGUGCUAUUGGAGCAUAUUUGGGAGCAGCCGCCGGAUCAGGUCAGUCCUUGGACGCUAUGCAGGGCGAUGCGUGA